CUCGCCCCUCCCCAAGUCCACCCUCUCUCAUCAUCAUCAGCGUCCAACAAUCUCCAAAUCGUCCACAGCACAGGCGACCUCUUCACCCUGCCCCCACGGAACAACAGCCUCCUCGUGCACGCCUGCAACACCCAGGGGUCCUGGGGCGCCGGGAUCGCGAAGGUCUUCGCGAGGGAAUUCCCCGACGCGUAUACCGCCUAUCGGGAACAUUGUCGUCGCAACGAAGGGGCGGAUCUCGUGGGCACGGCGCUGUUGAUCCCUCCGCCGGCUUCGAAUCCCGAGGAGAACGGAGCGAUUGAUGGGCCACCGCGGCAGUUCGUCGGCUGCCUCUUCACCUCGCGCUCCUUCGGCCGGAAAGUCUCCCCGCCCGACCAGAUCCUCGCGGCGACGGCGACGGCCGUCCGGGACCUCUUGCGGCAGGUGGAGGAGUGGAACGAGGCUCACUACCGCCGGAUCCGUUCCGUCCAUAUGUGUAAGAUCAACGCGGGCCUGUUCAACGUCCCCUGGGAAGACACCCUGCGGGUUUUGAAGCGGGUGAGGGUU